AUGGCGUCUAUAUUUGAUAGUUUGAUUUUACUUAUGUUCGUCUGGGGAGGUUUAUCGACCUUGUCAGCUCUCUGCCCUCCGGGCUGGAAGAACUGGCAUCAGUCAUGCUACGCAAUUUACUUCGAUCGAAUAAGCUGGGUGGAUGCUUCAAAGUCCUGCGACGGUAAACACAGCCACCUUGUCGUGCCGAAUUCACAGGCCGAGAACGAUUUCCUCUGGCGGAUGGUGAUGGAACGAUAUGAGACUGCCGAAGAACGCGGGGUCUUGAUCGGCUGCAAACGCGAGUCCGCUGAUUCGAGCUUUGAAUGCACUGGGAACACCGAGGGAAUGAGCUUCACCAACUGGGCAACGGGUUUUCCAGAACAAGGAGCUCGACAGUGCGUCGUGCUGUCGAAGGGAGGCAACGGAACAUGGAAAUCGUACGGCUGCGAGCUUCGCAAGUACGUCGUCUGCGCGAUGCCGGAUGCUCCUCGCGUGCACUGCUUGGCGGCCGACGCAAACGGGCGCUUCGUCACUGACCUACCGUGA